AUGCUGAGCGGGGACCUGGUGGCGGCGUGGGAGGUGGCGCUGAGCGACGGCGUGUACAGGGUGGAGUUCGCUCACGGCACCACCACCGGGAAACGUGUGGUGUCCAUCAACGGGCAGGAAGUCAUCAGAAGAGACUGGAUGUUCAAACUGGUCGGCAAGGAAACCUUCACAGUGGGCGGGGCCAACACCAAAGCCACCAUCAGCAUCGAGGCGGUGAGCGGCUUCGCCUACGAGUACACGCUGGAGGUGGACGGCCGGAGUCUGCAGAAGUUCAUGGACAACAGAGUGAAGACGACGGAGACGUGGUGGCUGCGAGUGGACGGAGAGGAGCACAGGGUGGUGCUGGAAAAAGACACGAUGGACGUUUGGUGCAAUGGACAGAAGAUGGAGACAAUG